UUUCCUUAUUACAACAACCAAACCAAACCAAAAACAAGUCUGAUUCUGAAACUAGGAUUUGAAAAGAAUGGGUUUUGUGACCAUAUCAAUGAAUUUGAUGGUUUGGGUAUCAUUGAUAUUAUUAUUAGUUAGCAGUGUUAAUGGUAGAUUUGUAGUAGAGAAAAGUAGUAUAUCAGUUUUAUCACCUGAUAAUUUACGUUCUAAACAUGAUAGUGCUAUUGGCAAUUUUGGUAUUCCUGAUUAUGGAGGUACAAUGAUAGGUACUAUCGUUUACCCAUCUGAUAAAUCAUCAUCAACUGGUUGUAACUCUUUUGACGCUGUAAAUCCUUUCAAAUCUCACUCUUCUUCUGCUCCCAUUUUUCUUCUCCUUGAUCGUGGAGACUGCUACUUUGCUUUGAAAGUAUGGAAUGCACAAAAAGCUGGAGCAGCAGCAGUUUUAGUAGCUGACAACAUAGACGAACCUUUGAUAACAAUGGAUUCUCCAGAGGAGAGUAGCGAUUCCGAAGGGUAUAUAGAUAAGAUUAAAAUACCAUCGGCUUUGAUUGAUCGCUCUUUUGGUGACACAUUGAAGAAAGCCUCACUGAAAGGAGAAGACAUUAUGAUAAAAUUGGACUGGACAGAAUCUAUGCCACAUCCGGACGACAGAGUCGAGUACGAGUUGUGGACAAAUAGCAAUGACGAGUGUGGAGUCCGCUGCGAUGAACAGAUGAAUUUCGUCAAGAAUUUUAAAGGUCAUGCUCAGAUUCUUGAGAAGGGUGGUUUUACUCAAUUUACACCUCACUAUAUAACGUGGUAUUGUCCUGAGGCUUUUAUCCUAAGCAAACAAUGCAAGUCUCAGUGUAUAAAUCAUGGGAGGUACUGUGCACCCGAUCCAGAACAGGAUUUUGGAAAAGGGUAUGAAGGCAAAGAUGUAGUUGUUGAGAACCUGAGGCAACUUUGUGUCCACAGAGUCGCCAAUGAAAGUAAUCGUUCUUGGGUUUGGUGGGAUUACGUGACAGAUUUCCACAUUAGGUGUUCCAUGAAGGAGGAAAGGUAUAGCAAAGAAUGCGCCGAGGAUGUUAUGAACUCACUUGAGUUGCCAAUCGAGAAGAUUCAAAAGUGCAUGGGUGACCCUGAGGCCGAUGUGGAUAAUCCAGUCUUAAAGAUUGAGCAAGAUCUGCAGAUUGGUAGAGGAUCUCGGGGUGAUGUUACAAUCUUGCCAACACUAGUUAUUAACAAUGCACAAUAUCGAGGAAAAUUAGAGAGAACUUCAGUGCUGAAGGCUGUAUGCGCAGGAUUUAAGGAAACAAGUGAUCCUCCAAUAUGCCUGAGUGGAGCUAUUGAGACUAAUGAGUGCCUCGAGAACAAUGGUGGCUGUUGGCGAGACCCACUAUCUAAUGUAACCGCAUGCAAGGACACAUUCAGGGGAAGAAUAUGCCAGUGCCCAGUCGUGAAUGGUGUUCAAUAUCGUGGAGAUGGUUAUCGAUCUUGUGAAGGUGUAGGGCCGGCGAGAUGCACUAUGAACAAUGGAGGCUGCUGGUCUGAAUCAAGAAAUGGACUGACUGUUUCAGCUUGCGCGGAAUUCCAGUUAACAGGCUGUCGUUGCCCAAGUGGAUUCCGAGGAGAUGGUCUGAAAUGUGAAGAUAUUGAUGAAUGUAAGGAGAGUCGUGCUUGUCAAUGUGAUGGAUGCACUUGUAAUAAUUUAUGGGGUGGAUAUGACUGUAAGUGCAAAGGUGACUCUUUAUACAUAUUGGAGCAAGAUACUUGUAUAGGAAGAGAUUCGUCAAGAUUUGGAUGGUUCCUUACACUCUUGGUGGUGUCUGGAGUAGUCGGUGCAAGCAUGGCAGGUUAUAUAUUCUACAAAUACAGGCUGAGGUCAUACAUGGAUUCAGAAAUCAUGGCUAUAAUGUCUCAGUACAUGCCCCUUGACAAUCAACAAAAUGAGGUCCAACCGCUACAGCAACCAGUUUCGAACGUAUAAGUAGGUAGGUUCUUCGUACAAUCUUCUUGUUGUUGGCGUUGCUGUAUUUGAAGAUUGAAGCAACGGCGCGUAGUGAGACCUUAUGAGGGAGAAAUACUUGUGAAACUUUCUAUGCUUGCGUUUUUAGUAGGUACUACUUUCCGGUGCACAAAAGAUAUAUAGUACAACUGUUCCGUCUUCGUCAUCAUCAGUUCAACUUGGCAGUAUAGACAGAUUUUCGGUUUCAAGUACAUGUUUCUAACACAAUACCGUCAAAAGAAGGAAAAACUCCUGCCAUUUUAUUUUCAUUGGUUGUGAAACCCGUUCUGUGCAGAUGGACUGAUGUAGCAUUUAGGUUUUCUGAUCAUUUGUUUCUAUGUAGCUGGAUAUAAAAGUGAUGUAAUUGUAGUCUUGAAGAAUAAUAUAAUUAUGUUUUAAGAGCUCUUUAA